CCAGGUGUGGCAGUGCGGCGGCAGCAUGGAAGUGCUGCCCUGCUCACGUGUGGCACACAUCGAGCGCAGCAAGAAGCCCUACAACAAUGACAUCGACUACUAUGCCAAGCGCAACGCCCUGCGGGCCGCAGAGGUGUGGAUGGACGACUUCAAGUCCCACGUGUACAUGGCCUGGAACAUCCCCAUGACCAACCCCGGGGUGGACUUUGGGGACGUGUCUGAGAGGCUGGCCCUGCGCCAGAGGCUGAAGUGCCGCAGCUUCAAGUGGUACCUAGAGAACGUGUACCCCGAGAUGAGGAUCUACAACAACACCCUCACGUACGGAGAGGUGAGGAACAGCAAGGCCACGGGCUACUGCCUGGACCAGGGGGCAGAAGACGAUGACCGGGCCAUCCUCUACCCCUGUCACGGCAUGUCUUCCCAGCUGGUCCGGUACAGCGCGGACGGCCUCCUCCAGCUGGGGCCCCUGGGCUCCACCGCCUUCCUGCCCGACUCCAAGUGUCUGGUGGAUGACGGCAGGGGCCGCACGCCCACCCUGAAGAGAUGUGAGGACGUAGCCAGGCCCAGCCAGCGGCUGUGGGACUUCACCCAGGUCAGUGGGGGGGUGCUGAGGCAGGAGGCGCC